UGACAGCUACACAGCCCUCGGCUGGGGUUGACAGCGGCGACGCUCCAUGCCACUGGACCGUUUCAAGUGGGUGUCAAAGUAGCAAACUGUUUCAACCCAACCACGUACCGGUCAAACAACGUGACAUCUGCGGACUAAAAAGCCUCACGGCCACGCGAGAACAAUACUUAAGGACAUCAUGCACAUCACCUUUGCCCGAGUGAGACAUUGGCAUUGUUCUCGGCAGUCAUGUCGAUGGCUUCAGCGGCAAACUACCAAGCAAGCGCCACGUUGACCCCCUGCUCGAGCCUCAUCGACAGGGAGCUACCCCACAAGACGGCCGUCGAAGAUACAACGACGGCGCAACUGGCAUUCGCCCUGUUCGAGGAGAAGGUGCUAAAGAGACUCGAACAUGUGGUACGCUUGUACAAUGCUGGGAAGCCGCUUUUCCCCCGAGCGCUGCUGGAAGACCUUGACCGGCAAAUCGAAGAAGGCAGGGAGGAGAUCCGCAUCAAGGACUUCGAUGAUGUGGUAAGCACGUAUAGCCGGAGUGUCCCUGCUGUGUGCUUGGACCUGGCAACAACAUACUGCAUCGGAUACAGCAGUAUCCAAGUGCUUACCUAUAUCCACCCGUCCUGUGCAACGAUGAUGUUCAAGGACCCUCCCCCAGUGUCCAUUCUAUACACCCGUCAUCCAGAAGUCGCCGAAGGGAGCAUCGAAAUGCUUGGCCCGGUGUUUGUCAAGAUGCGCGAACGGUGGCAGGAGAGCGAGACAUGCCAAGAACUGGUAUCCCACCUGACAACCCUGCGCUUCUCCCUCCCCAUCCAUAAGAUUGUGGCGUUCGGCCUUGGGACACUGGGCAAGACGCAGAAUGGACGGUUCUCCACCCGUUCACAUGUUCAGCAUGCGGCAGUGGAAACGAUGGCGACCGUUCUGGCCAAAAGUGGGGUCAGUGAAGGCAAGAGGAUCGACUGCUACUUUCAAGAUCCAUGGUACGAUGAGAACGAUGUCAGAUUCCUUCGCAGCAUUGGUUUCCAACCACUGAACGACCCGAAGGGGUUCCUUGAGAUUGACGAACAUACCUUGGUGUUUUCAGUCAGUCCCAAUGUACCUGUGAAGCAGAUUGUCGCUGAUCUUCAGUGGCCCAGUGCCAUGAUUUGGAAUACUGUGUGCGGGGAAGAGGAGAGGAAGCAGUGGAAGAGGCAGUUGAGGAAUGGCGAAGAGUUCUGGUUGGGCCCGCUCGCCACCGAUCCCGACUCGGACCGCGUUUGUGAGAUGAUCACCCACUACCAGGAAUUCCCAUUGCACGACCCAAAGGACUAUUUCGGGGACCUUUCUAUCUAUGUUAGGCAUUGAUGUAUGUGGAUUGCUAGUACCGAUUCGUCUCUCUCUCUCUCUCUCUCUCUCGUUGGGUGUGUGUGUUGUAUACAUGUGUUGGGCG